UAAUUUAUCACAUGAUGACUAAAUUACCCGUACCAUUUCUUGAUCUCCCAAUUUUACCCUUCCUACUUCGCGCGUUGUUCUCUUCCUCCUGUCAUCGUUGCCGCCACUCCUCCUCCAGUAGCAGCGGCCGCCGCCAACUGAACUGUCGCUGUCGAUCGUCGCUCCCGCCAUCGUCCGUGUGUGCCUCCUCUAGUCGUCCUCGAGACUUCGACCCGGAUUAAACAGUCCCAGCUAGCGUGCUUGUGAUUUGUGGAUGAGAGAGUUGUGAAAAAGAAUGGGCGGGUUGAAGGGACUUUUAAAGAAAGGGUUAGGGGAGAUGGGCUUCAUGGCCGACGGCGGAGUUAUCAACUGGUUCCCGGGACACAUGGCAGCCGCCACUCAUGCUAUUCGCCAGCGCCUUAAGGUUGCUGACUUCGUCAUCGAAGUUCGAGACGCGCGCAUUCCUCUGUCCUCUGCUCAUGCCGAUCUUCAACCUCAGCUCUCGGGGAAGCGCCGUGUCAUUGCACUUAAUAAAAAGGACUUGGCCAACCCUAAUAUCAUGCAUAAAUGGAUCCACUAUUUUGACUCGUGCAAGCAAGAUUGUGUUCCUAUAAGUGCCCAUAGCAAGAGCUCUGUUAAGAAGCUUCUUGAUCUUGUCGAGUUCAAAUUGAAGGAAGUGAUUUCCAGGGAACCUACUCUCCUAGUGAUGGUGGUUGGUGUUCCAAAUGUUGGGAAGUCAGCUUUGAUUAAUUCAAUUCAUCAAAUUGCACUGUCUCGCUUUCCAGUGCAGGAGAAGAUGAAGAGAGCUACUGUGGGUCCUCUGCCUGGUGUUACUCAAGAUAUUGCGGGAUACAAGAUAGCACACCACCCGAGCAUAUAUGUCUUAGACACUCCUGGGGUGCUGGUUCCAAGUAUCCCAGACAUAGAAACAGGGUUAAAGCUGGCUCUUGCAGGAUCUGUGAAAGAUUCAGUAGUGGGUGAGGAGCGUAUUGCUCAGUACUUACUGGCAGUUUUGAAUACCCGAGGGACUCCAAUUCACUGGAAGCACUUGAAUAAUAGGAGAAUGGAAGGGAUUCGAUAUGAAUCUGAGGAAAAGCAUGAAUACAAUUUGAAAAGCCUUAAACGAAAGAGCACAAGUCCACCAAAUAAAUCUGAAGUGGUUUAUAUCGAGGAUCUUGUAAUGGAAGUUCAACGAGCACUAUAUGUGACGCUAACAGAAUUCAAAGGGAACACAGAAGAUGAGGGUGACUUGGAAGAUCUGAUCGAGCAGCAAUUUGGGACGUUGCAGAAGGCAUUGAAGAUACCUCACAAAGCUUCAGAAGCACGUUUAAUGGUAUCAAAGAAGUUCCUUACUCUGUUUAGAACUGGCAAACUUGGACCUUUCAUUCUCGAUGACGUUCCUCAUGCUUGACCAUUCUGCUUUUAGGGGAGGGAGGGAUGGAGAGAAGAGGAGGGAGGGAAAAGAAAGGGGGGUUGUGUCCCUGUGUGUUAAAGUUUGGUGGGUCUUAGGCUGAAAAUAGAAGUUUGGUUGGUCAUUCACCCCACUACCCGGGCCCCCAUUUACCACAGUGAGGCCCCAACUCAUACGGUUCAUGUUUUAGACUCUACUCCAUGCAUUCCCUGAAAAAAUGUCUAAACAGACAUGUCUGCAAGUAGUUUGAGUAAAUUGAUAUUUUUUCAGUUAAACCAUUUUCCCCCCCAAACCAAAAAGGGCGGUAACUACUUGGCGUGACGUGAUUGAACGUUUAUUGAUGAAUAAUCAAGAGCUUAACUUCCUUAACCAA